AUCUUAAAUGGCAGAGCAUUAUGAUAAAGCUUAUUUCAUUAUAAUCAUCUAUCUCUGACUUGUACUUGGCUAUCUGUCAGUCUUGGCUACAUGAAUCGCAGGGUCAGUAAGUAAUCUCCUCAGUUUGGCUUAUGUUACUUAUCUGCUAGUGACCAUCUAUUUCCAUCUUCUAUUUAUCGGUCAUUUUGAAAGCGGAAGACUUGACAGAAGAGAUAUCGACUUGUGAUGUUGCAAAGGGAGAAUGAAAAGACGAUUCUUAAAAUGCAUGUGUUGCUUCUCGAUUUGGCCUAAAAAUGAGUGAAUCCGGAAAAUUGCACUGCCUAUAGCUACCAGCACGAAUUGCUUUUUGGGGCUACUUAGAGUCCUCUCAGUAGUUCUAGUCCUAGCAAUGCUGGGACUAGGGUUCCUGAUAGGGUUCUAUAAUCCAGUACAGAUUGCUUUCUUCGGGUCUAUGAUAUUUUCCCACCUGGUGAUGGCUUCGGCCUUUGGAAAACAAAGUGAAAAUGCGCUAAGAAACACAUGCUGAGCACCAUGAAGACUUAUGUGCAAAAAGACUGAUGAUGAUUCAGACGAAGAGGAGUGGAGUGACAAGACUAAAUUGAGAAUCCAAAGAAUUAGGAUUGACAUCUUGAAGCAGGUCAAGGCUGACCAAGAAAAUCAGAGAGUUUAUGGAGAUAAUGAAGAGCAAAAAAAUAUUAUUAGUGAUGAAGAUAUUCAGCGUUACGAAGCUGCUCUUCAAAGAGAACUUGCUAGGUUAAGAGCCCGUACCGGAGAUGAAGAGCUCAAUAUCCAAAAUUUUGAGGUUCUGCAAAAAUUCGAAGAGGAUAAAAAUAUAGAUUCGUUGAUACAAAAAUGGGAAACGAAGGUUCAUCAGAAAAACAAUGAUUUCCCAAAAUCCUGAGGUAUCUGUCUGGACACCUUCAAACCCCACCAGUCCAUAAUCCCCCUUUCAUGCCACCAAUCCCACAUCUUCCACCACUCCUGCUUCAAAAAAUGGUGUGGGAUCCAAAAGACCUGCCCUCUGUGCAGGGCAAACCUCGCUGCCUUAAUCUCCCAAGCUGGGUACUCCCUCCCCGCUGAGCCUUAGAGUUUAAGGCAGGGAUUGUGUUUAGUAGUUCAAUUU